AUGGCAUUGAGCACAUUUAUCGAGGAGUUGUGGAAGCAACGGACCGUCUUGAAGCUUGAAGGGUUCCCUGCAGAGUCUUGUGACCACAACCCCUCUGGCAGCUCUUCUCGCAUCAGCCACACGACAUUUGAGGAAGGAUGUCAGAAUUUGUAUCUUUUUCAGGGAGUAUGGAUGACAUUGGAGGAGGUAUACACGGCGCCGAAACUGAUUGGAAGAUCAGGAAAGCGAACACUUGCUGGGAAUGUUGCACGCAAGGCCAAGUUCUCGGAGAUCCCAACAAUCUCUUUGGCUGCAACGGAAGGCGAGAUCAUUGAGCAGCUCAGCGAUGCGUGCACCCGAGUCGGGUUCUUCUACAUCAAAGACCAUGGUGUCUGUGACGCCGUAACGAGCUCGAUAUUUGAUACAGCCGAGGAAUUUUUCAACCAGGCGCUCGAGGUUAAGAACGAGAUCAACUACAAGAAAUCCACCAUCCUGCGAGGAUACGAGCCUAUCGCCGAGGUCCGCACGGAUGAAACCAAGAUGGCUGAUCUCAACGAGGCCUUCAAUUGCGGAUAUGAGCCUCAACUGGACCCCCAGCGAGAUAGCUCGGAGCAUGCAUCUGUCAUCGAUGGCAUGAUGCGAGGUCCGAAUGCGUGGCCAUCGCAGGUCGGGUUCAAGGACAGCGUAGCAAGGUAUUAUGGAGAAAUCCUGAUGCUAGCCCGCCGACUAGUGAAGCUGCUUGCUCGAGUGCUGCAGCUCCCAGUAAAUCACUUUGAUGAGCUAGUAAAGACACCUGGUGCGAUGCUGCGGCUGUUGAAGUACCCAGCUCAACCACCAGACAAUCCAGAUGCAUUCGGCAUUGGAGCACAUACGGACAUCGAGUGCUUCACCAUCCUUCUACAAGGCAAGCAGCCAGCACUUCAGAUAUUGAACGUCGACGGCGAGUGGAUCCAGGCGCUACCAGUACCAGGAACAUUCAUAGUCAACAUAGGAGACAUGCUCGCACGAUGGAGCAAUGACGCAUUCAUCUCCACGGUCCAUCGUGUGCUAAACACAACUGGGCAAGAGAGGUACUCGGUGCCAUUCUUCUUUGGCCCUUCGUACGAUACAAUGCUGCAUCCCCUCGAAAGUUGCGUUCCAGCAGGCGAGACUCCUAAGUACGAAGCUGUGCUAGCUGGUGAUUACGUCUACCAACGACUGGCCAGAAGUCGUCUGACCGAGCAGGAGACAGCACGGUUACCGCUGUCAGCAGUGCUAGUGUAG